AUGGCAUCAAGAGCAGAGACCCCGUGUGGGAGUGGCCGCAGCAGCCCCUCAUUGGGGGGUGCCGACUCUGGCUAUUCUUCCGGCACCAAUAGUGAAAGUGAACUGUCUGAGGUGUACUUCACCAAGCGACACCUUCGAUUUCUCAACCGCCAGCUUCAGUUCCUCGAGCCCCAGGAGAUCCUCAGAUGGGCCAUCACCACCCUUCCCAACUUGUACCAGACCACUGCCUUCGGUCUGACAGGUCUUGUUCAGCUGGAUAUGCUAUCUAAGCUCAAGAUCCCUCGGCCUCAGAUGGUCGAUCUCAUCUUCCUUGACACCCUCCAUCAUUUUCCCGAAACGUUGGAGUUGGUGGAAAGGGUGCGAGAAAGAUAUCCUCUUGUCAACCUCCAUGUUUUCAAGCCAGCUGGCGUUGAGACCGCAGAAGAGUUCAAGGACAAAUAUGGCGACAAACUAUGGGAGACCGAUGACAAUAGAUAUGACUAUCUUGUCAAGGUGGAGCCUGCACAAAGAGCUUACCGUGAGCUGCAAGCAUAUGCUGUUCUCACCGGCCGUAGAAGGAGCCAAGGUGGAGAUAGAGGAUCGCUCGAUAUCAUCGAGGUGGACGAGGCCGGUUUGCUCAAGAUCAACCCCAUGGCCAAUUGGAGCUUCGAUCAGAUUCAACAGUACGUCAAGGACAAUGACGUGCCAUACAACGCCUUGUUGGACCGGGGCUAUAAGAGUGUCGGUGACUGGCACUCAACCCAACCUGUCGUGGCAGGUGAGGACGAACGUGCUGGUCGAUGGAAGGGACAACAGAAAACUGAGUGUGGCAUUCACAAUCCUCGGUCAAAGUAUGCACAGUACUUGAUGGAACAAGAGAAGAAGAGAGAACGUGAAGCUCUAGAACAAGCUCUCCGGAAGGUCAGUCUUGACGAGCGGUCAUGA